GGCGGAGGCUGGAGCUUGGCGUCGGGAUGCAGCGCCCCGGGCCCUUCAGCACCCUCUACGGGCGGGUCCUGGCCCCGCUGCCCGGGCGGGCCGGGGGCGCGGCCUCUGGCGGAGGCGGGAACAGCUGGGGCGUCCUGGGUUCCCACGUGCAGCCUCCCGGGCGCGCGCAGUCUGGUACCCGCGCCGGCGUCGGUAGCACAGGUACCUACGGCGGGGACGCCAACAGCGCCUGCCCGGCCCCCUCCGCGAUGUCCAAGGCCGAGGAGGCCAAGAAGCUGGCGGGACGCGCGGCCGUGGAGAACCACGUGAGGAAUAACCAAGUGCUAGGAAUUGGAAGUGGCUCUACAAUUGUUCAUGCUGUGCAGCGAAUAGCUGAAAGAGUGAAACAAGAGAAUCUGAACCUUGUCUGCAUUCCCACCUCCUUCCAGGCCCGUCAGCUCAUCUUGCAGUAUGGCUUAACUCUCAGUGACCUGGACCGACACCCAGAGAUUGACCUUGCCAUUGAUGGUGCUGAUGAAGUAGAUGCUGAUCUCAAUCUCAUCAAGGGCGGUGGAGGCUGCCUGACCCAGGAGAAAAUUGUGGCUGGCUAUGCCAGUCGCUUCAUCGUGAUCGCCGACUUCAGGAAAGAUUCAAAGAACCUCGGGGAUCAGUGGCACAAGGGAAUCCCCAUUGAGGUCAUCCCAAUGGCCUAUGUCCCAGUGAGCCGAGCUGUGACUCAGAAGUUUGGGGGCGUGAUUGAUCUUCGAAUGGCUGUCAACAAGGCAGGUCCUGUGGUGACGGAUAAUGGGAAUUUUAUCCUGGACUGGAAGUUUGAUCGGGUGCACAAAUGGAGUGAAGUGAACACAGCUAUCAAAAUGAUCCCAGGCGUGGUGGACACAGGCCUUUUCAUUAACAUGGCUGAGAGAGUCUACUUUGGGAUGCAGGACGGCUCUGUGAACAUGAGGGAGAAG